UCGACAGAGCUCGUUCGAAAUACAAAUUAAGAUCAAAAAUAUACAAAGUUAUUAUCAAUGGCAUUUUGGUUGAUCAAAGUAUUCUUUGAUCUAUAGAUCUUAUUAAAAUCAAUGAUUCGUAAAAUAGUUUUUAAAAGUUAUAGAAAAGGAAAACACGAAAUUGUAAAAAUUUUAUGAGUGUCUUUUGAGAUUUUUAGAUGGAUUAUUCUGGAGAAAGUUUGAAGAAGAACAACGAAAAAGGAUAGAUAAUUUAAAGAAACUUCAAGUUGAGUUAAGAAUUUGAUACGAUUCUUGGCUUCGCCUGCUUGAAAUAAAUAAACAUGAUACAGAUAAGUUCAUCGUUGCACUUCCAAAGGGAAAGUUAAGAAUACGAAAAGAAAAAGUGUCCACGACAUGCAUUUCGAACUUCCAGGAAGAAAAAUAUCAAUUUGAUAUUAAUCUGAAAUGAAAGUAUUUGGACCAUAGUGACCACCAUAGUAAAAUAAUUUUUCAUGCUAAUGAAGAAGUUCGUCCAGUUAUUAUUUUUAUUAUUGGUUCAAAUAAACUAUACCAGCGAUUUAUUUAUUAUGCAAAAGUAUUGCGAUCGAACUUAUAUAUAGAAUCUAUUCCAUAGAACUCGAUCACAAUAAAGACGAUUAUUAAUAUUAUUAUUAUCACUGUUAUCAUUGAAUAUAAUAAAUGAGAAAUAUUUUUCUACUGAAAAAAAAAACAAAACAGAAAGUCGUAAUUUCAUAGCCUUCCCUGUUAGAAUAUGACAAUAUACCAUGCGUGACCACUUUAUAAAAGGGUGAAACUCUACAAAUUAGAAAGUCAGUUCUGUGACGACGUUCCGCUAGUUAGUGCAAAGACCUGUCAAAUGAAACGCCUUUGAAAGAACUUCGAAGAUGACAUUGAGAAGUAAAUAAAGUGAAUAAAGUGAAUAAAAUUACAACGAUUUAUUUCGAUUGAUCUGAAACCGAUUUCCGAUAUAAUGACUCUACAAUAUUUUCUGAUUUUCUUUAUUUUUUUCAUCGUUUGUCAUGGAUUAUCGGAGGAAAGAGAAUAUCCUUCAACAGACGAACUUUUAAAGAAGCAAUUUACAGAAGACAGACUUUUUCCAAAUAUCGUACGAGAUAGAAAUUCCUCCAAAGGAUUCCAGACGAAGAAUAACGAAAAUAAUUCCGAUGAUAAAAACACUGAUAAAAAAGCAAGAAAUGUUAUUCGAGGAUCACCGUCUUUGGAAUCGAGAGGUUCCAACUGUUGCGGAAAUAGACAUGGUUCAGGUUCAUCAUCUCGACCAGAUUACAACAGGAUUCCAUCGGAAAAUAAUCAUUAUUCAUCUUCGUAUGGAGACAGAAAUGUCGAUAGACAUAGUUGGCAAAUUCCAAUUCGACCCAUGAGUUCAAACAUAGGUAGUGAAAGACCUAACGUUGGAAGUUAUAGUAGUAGCUAUGGUGGAAAUGGUGCUUAUAGUGGAACUUACGCAGGAGAUAGAUAUGGACAAAGGCCUAGUUACGGAAGUGAAAGUUCUAACAGACCAGGAUCAAAUUAUAAUUCAGCAGAUGCUGGUGGAUACGGUUAUGGUAAUGGUGGAUAUGGUAGUUAUGGCGGCACACGACCUGGACAUGGAAUCACAGCUACUUUAGAAAAUGGAAAUGAUUUUAAUCCUGACGAACCUGAUAUUCCUGACAAUAAUGUCCCACAAUAUCCAGGAAGUAAUAUCCAAACUCAAAAGGCCGUUGCUUUAAAAGCUUUAGCUGGAGUCGCUUUGAUCGGCGCAGCCGCGGCUUUAGCUACAAAUCCGGUUCUUCUACCGAUUGGAAUUGUUUCCGGCAGAAGAAAACGUUCUGAAAUUACUUCCGCGGACAACGACAUUAUGGAUUACAUUUUACAAAUGAUAGCGACGAAUUUCUCUCAAACGUAUGAUAAUGGAAGAUUUGAAAAUAAAAAAUAUGUUUCUCCGAAAUGUGUAGCCAGAUUGACAUGCGAAAUACGUAAAGAUUAUAUGAUCGAUAUUACUGAAGAUAUUAAAAAUCAACACGAUGAGAAAAUUACAAAAAUACAAUUUAACAAAUUAAUUCAAAAUAACGUUCUGAAUGCUGAAACUAUAGAUAAUAGCGUUAAGGAAUUAAUUAAAAUGGCUCUCACCGUAAGUUCAAAUAGAGGAAACUGUGGAGUAUUCGCUUGUAAUUUCAAACGAAAUAAUUUAUCCAAAUAAUAUAAAAUAAUUUUGUCUUUAAUUAAUCAUUUCGUAAGUUUUUAAAUAAAUUUUUAGAAUAAAAUUUGUUUUUUGUUUAGUUCAU